AUGGUUGAAUGUCCGAUAUGUCAAAGGCAUGUUGGCCUUUCGGAUAUCAAUGAACACAUUGAUUCUAGCUGUCAACAAUUCAUCACCGCCACGCUAUCAAGCGAACCGUCGUCUGCCGUCAUCCAAUACAAGAAUUGGCGAUGCCGUGCAAUUUCUACCAAUCCGAAACAGAAAAUAAGACAAGACGAGCCUAAAAACCCUGAAAACCCGAAUCUUCUGCUCCCUGCGAAGCGAACUUUUAAAAGAACGUUCUCUCAGCAAGAGCCCAAUACCGCAGGAAAGCCAAAUUUUGCACCAACAACACCGAAAAAUGCGGCAAAACGACGGAAGCCGGAUGUUGCGCCUUUGGCUGAUCGUGUCCGUCCCCACUGUUUCGAUGAUAUCGUCGGUCAAGAUUCACUGGUCGGACCCGACGGAUCGCUGCGGCAGUUGGUCGAACAAGACAAUAUUCCCAAUAUGAUUUUGUGGGGAGGCUCAGGAACCGGGAAAACGACGAUCGCUAGGAUUAUUGCGUUGAUGUCCGGACGAAAUUUCUACGAGAUCAAUAGCUCGAUGACAGCAACGACAGAGUUCAAAAAUGUCGUUUCUCUAGCUGUACAAGACUCGUGCAAAGGACGCAAGAACUCCAUCGUGUUUUGUGAUGAAGUGCAUCGCAUCACACGGCCACAACAAGAUAUAUUCCUCGAUGCCAUCCGAAGUAACAAGAUUACCUUGAUCGGUGCCACCACAGAGAACCCGUCUUUGAACAUCCAUCAUACUCUGGUAUACAGGUGUAAAGUUUUGACCCUUGUUAAACCAACCGACAAUGAUCUAUCAACUAUUCUUCGCCGGGCAGUGGGCUUACAGAGCCCGCAACCAUCCUAUCUCUUGGACGACGAAUUUAUUCAAUACGUGGCAAGCUUCGCGGACGGCGAUAGUAGAAUCGCAUUGAAUCUUCUAGAGAUAGCUGCGGAUCUAUCAAAGAGUGAUGGCAUCACCAAGGAGGCAUUAAAGCAUUCAUUAACGAAGAGUCUACUCUAUGAUCGAUCGGGCGACCAGCACUAUGACACCAUUUCAGCACUCCACAAGUCAAUUCGUGGUAGUGAUCCAGAUGCUGCGCUAUAUUACCUCGCGCGGAUGCUCAAAUCAGGCGAGAACCCCUUGUUUAUCGCUCGUCGUCUUGUUGUGGCUACUUCGGAGGAUAUUGGACUUGCCGACAAUACUCUUCAAAUAUAUGCAACCUCAGUCUAUUCCUUGAUCGAAAAGCUAGGGAUCCAAGAUGCACAGGCCUCUUUAGCCCAGCUCGUCAUCACCAUGUGUUUGUCAAAGAAGAGCACUCGAUCAUAUCGUGGCCUGAACAAUGCUUUUGCUGCUUUGAAAGAGCCUGGAAUAAGUGACGCCCCUAUUCCAUUUCAUCUCUUGGACCGUAGUCCAGAACUCCUAAAGGAGGCUGACGAGCGAUUGGAAGGUGGUUGCUAUCAAGGUCAAGAGAACGUGCAGGGUGUGCCGGAAUGCCUCCCGGAGGCACUUAAAGGGCGGCAAUUCCUAGAAGAUACUGAUUUCCUAUUUAAGCGAGAUCCGGAUCUGACCUUGUAA